CGUUCUUCAAGCAAAGGAGCUGACAGACCCUCAAAGAGGCUAAAAUGUGAAAAAAACAGUCUAGUAAAAUCAGAACUAGAAGGACUUACAUGUGGAAGUGCAAACCUUGCUGCAUCGGGGGAAACGUCCAAAACAUCUGAUAGGGGUCGACGUUCAGAAGAUCCAGGGUACUGCAAUAUAACUCAACAGAAGAAAGAUGAAAGCAUUCCAGACACCAACCAAGAGAAACAGGAAAAGGAACAUAAUGUUUCUCUCGAGCCAUGCGCAGUGAAACCAAGCAGUGCUCCAUCAAAAAUGGCCAGUGAUGAAAAUCCGCAUAAUCCUGUCUGCAGUGAAGAGGAGAGCAGCUGUGGGAGUGUACUUUUAGAGGGGUCUAGCUUGGAGGAUGCAGAAGUUCCGAAGAAGCCGAUGCAACUAGACAGCAGUGCUUUCUUGAAUGAAGACAGCAACCAGCCAAUGCCAGUGGACCGGUUCUUUGGAGAUGUCGAGUUCAUACAGGAUCUCCCAGCAGUUCCACUCCCGAGGACACUGAUGAGCAGGCGAGAAUUCAGAAAGCUGCAUUUCAUUGCAAAGGAAGAUGAGGAGGAGGAGGAAGAGGAUGUUGCCUAA